AUGGGGAUCUUCACUGUCAUCCUCCAACUGUGUCUUUUGUGGGGUCCAGUUCUAUCUGCAGAUCAACGGUACCUGGUGACUACAGAGUACGGGGCCAGAGAGCGCCAAGACCCGGCUUCCCGCUGUGUUGAUGCAGGUUUACCUGUGAGGCUGGUGGAUGGCGGUGACCGCUGCCAGGGCCGGGUGGAGGUCCUGUACCAAGGCUACUGGGGCACUGUUUGUGACGACAGCUGGGACACCCAGGAUGCAGAUGUCGUCUGUCGGCAGCUCGGCUGUGGCCAUUCCGUGUCAGCCCCGGGCGGGGCUCACUUUGGUCAGGGCUCGGGGAACAUUCUCCUGGGCGCCAUAUACUGCUCAGGAGGGGAGCCCUACCUGUCAAGCUGCCGCCAUGAUGGGUGGUACAACCACGAGUGUGGCCACAGGGAAGACGCGGGAGUCGUGUGCUCAGGAACUGUAUCUGGAUUGGCCUUGAGGCUGGUGAACGGUGAAAACCGAUGCCAGGGACGUGUGGAGGUCCUGUACRGMGGCUCCUGGGGCACCGUGUGCGAUGACAACUGGGACACCAAUGAUGCCAACGUGGUCUGCAGGCAGCUGGGCUGUGGCUGGGCUGUGUCUGCCCCAGGGAGUGCCCGGUUUGGUCAGGGCUCAGGGCCAAUUGUCCUGGAUGACGUGGCCUGCUCUGGGCAUGAGUCCUACCUGUGGAACUGCCGCCACCGAGGAUGGCUCUCCCAUAACUGUGGACACAGUGAGGACGCAGGAGUCAUCUGCUCAGGUGAGCCCCUGGCCCCGCUGGACUCUCACCUCGUGAAUGGACUCUGAUCAGAGCCCUGGCCCUGCUCUUCAUGCCCAUCUCUAGGAACAACUGAUUUCGGGUUGGACCUGAGACUAGUGAAUGGAGGUCACCGGUGUCAAGGCCGGGUGGAGGUCCUGUACAGAGGCUCCUGGGGCACCGUGUGCGAUGAUGGCUGGGACAUCAACGAUGCCAACGUGGUGUGCAGGCAGCUGGGCUGUGGCUGGGCUGUGUCUGCCCCAGGGAGUGCCCGGUUUGGUCAGGGCUCAGGGCCAAUUGUCCUGGAUGACGUGGCCUGCUCUGGGCAUGAGUCCUACCUGUGGAACUGCCCCAACCGAGGAUGGCUCWCCCAUAAGUGUGUCCAUGCUGAGGAUGCCGGAGUCAUCUGCUCAGCUGACAUCUCCUGGAGCCUCCUUGACCCUGGCUCUGACCCAACAGUUACCAGACUUUCCAGUACAAUGGGCUUCCGGGACUGGCUUGUUGUGCAGCUCGUGGAAGGUUCUGGAAGGUGCUCUGGCCGAGUGGAGGUGUACUUYGAAGGCUUGUGGGGCACGGUGUGCGAUGACCUGUGGGAUGAGAAGGCAGCGCAGGUGGUGUGCCAGCAGCUGGGCUGCGGGACGGCCGUCUCCGCCCCUGGAGGGGCCUACUUUGGCCAGGGCUCUGGCCCCAUUCUUCUGGACGAUGUGCAGUGUUCUGGGACCGAGGCCCACCUGGGCCAGUGCUCCCAUGCCGGCUGGUUUACCCACAACUGUGGGCACGGGGAGGACACUGGUGUCAUCUGCUCCGGUAAAUCGCUUUCCAUCUUUCCUGAGAACUGGCCACAGUUGCGACUCAUGAAUGGAUCAGGCAGAUGCUCUGGGAGAGUGGAAGUUUUCUACCGUGGCCAGUGGGGCAGGGUCUGCGAUGACCGGUGGGACCUCAAUGAAGCCCAAGUGGUGUGCCAGCAGCUGAGCUGCGGACCCGCCCUUGCAGCCCCCAUUGAGGCACAAUUUGGUGAAGGCAAAGGCGAGUUUCUGCUGGAUGAUGUGGACUGUACUGGAAAAGAGAGUUUUCUGGGACAGUGUCCACAUGCCGGCUGGCAUCUGCAUAACUGUGGCCCUGGAGAAGACGCCAGUGUCAUCUGCACAGCUGUGUCAACCGCCACCGUCCCAGAAGAUGUGGACCACCCAGCCACGUCAUCAGUUCUACCUGUGGCCGACCCAGCCCCUGCCGAUCGCAGAGCCUAUAUACCAGCGCUAGGUCCCCCAGAAGACUGGCCUAAGCUGAGGCUGGUUAACGGCACAGGAAGAUGCUCUGGACGGGUAGAGGUUUCCUACCAGGGCACCUGGGGGACGGUCUGUGACGAAGGCUGGGGCUUGCCGGAAGCGCAGGUGGUGUGCAGACAGCUUGGGUGUGGCCAGGCCGUAUCUGCCCCUCUCGGCUCCCAUUUUGGCCCAGGCUUUGGAAAGAUCCUGCUGGACAAUGUGCGCUGCGUUGGCACGGAGAGCCGCCUGGCCCAGUGCGCCCACAACAGCUGGUUCACGCACGACUGUGGCCAUGAGAAGGACGCCGGGGCCAUCUGCUCUGGUGACAUCAGUGAAGAGGACGUGGGGGACUCUAGCUCUCAGUCCCCAGUCCCCAGGCACAGAACCUUCCCCAAGCAGAAUGCGGUCACCAGGCAGCUGCCAGCAAGACUGGCCKGUGGUCAUUCAGGGACUGUGACGGAGAGUCCUCGCUCAGGCUUCACCAUCGCUGUCCUCACCGCCGCGGUCACCAGCCUCGUCUUCGCCUCCAUCUUCGAUGCCCUCGCUGUCCUCGUCACCAUCACCGGCACCUUCACCAGCCCCGUUAUCAUCAAACUCCAGUCUCCAUACUCUCACGACUUGAGCCUUUGUCCUUCCCCAGGAGGCUGGGCACCUGUGCGGCUGGUAGGCACCCCUGAGAGGUGUGCCGGCCGUGUGGAGGUUUUCUACCAAGGAGUCUGGGGGACAGUGUGCGAUGACCUCUGGGACCUUUCAGAAGCCAACAUCGUCUGCAGGCAGCUCGAGUGUGGCCGGGCCAUCGCAGCCCCGGGYGAGGCCCACUUUGGGGAAGGUUCUGGGAAGAUCCUCCUUGACGAUGUGCACUGCGGAGGACCCGAGCGGCACCUGGGGGCAUGUUCCCAUGCCGGCUGGUCCUCCCACAACUGUGGUCACCAGGAAGACGCCAGCGUGAUCUGUUCAGGUCACCAGUUGGCUACGCUGGCAGAGACAGUGGCUACAGACUUUCUGAGGAGGAGCCUGAGACACCCCGUGGCUGUUUCUCUCCCCAGCCUCGACUGCACCAAUGAAUAUGUGGAGAUCCUGGACGGUCCCCCGGCUUCAGCAAAGUCCCUGGGGAGGAGCUGCUCUGGCUCCCACCUCACCUACACGUCCUCCUCCAGCUCGGUGACCCUUGUGUACUUCCGAAGCUCCAACAACAUAGGCAAACACUUCACUGCUUAUUAUUAUUCUGCAAACAAAGCCGAGGUCGUGUGCCGCCAGUUGGAGUGUGGGCAGGCCAUGUCUGCCCUCGGGAAGGCCCACUUUGGCCCAGGCUCAGGAGACAUCUUCCUGGACAACCUCCAAUGUGCCGGGGUGGAGCGUCACCUGGGCCAGUGUGCCCACUCAGGCUGGCUGGAGCACAACUGCGGCCACCAUGAAGACGCCAGUGUCAUCUGCUCAGAUGCUGCAGAAUCUGUGUUGAACAGUCCAGGGGAAUGGCCAGGGCUGCGGCUGGUGGGCGGCUCCGGACGGUGCUCAGGACGCGUGGAGGUCCUCCACCAGGGGRCCUGGGGCACYGUGUGYGAYGACCUGUGGGACCUGAAYGAAGCCRAGGUCGUGUGCCGYCAGYUGGAGUGUGGACAGGCCAUUUCUGGCCCUGGCGGGGCCUACUUUGGCCCAGGCUCAGGAGACAUCUUCUUGGACAACCUGCAGUGCUCUGGAGUGGAGCGUCACCUGGGCCAGUGCGCCCACUUGGGCUGGUCCGAGCACAACUGUGACCACCACGAGGACGCCAGUGUCAUCUGCUCAGAUUCAGCAGACCUGCCUCCGCCCACACCUCCAGGUCCUUCUGUACCUUCUCAGGAUCACAUAGCAGGAGGAAGUAACUCUUGUGGAGGGGUCAUUUCUAGUCUCUCUGGCUCAUUUUCUAGUCCACGAUAUCCAGAAAACUACCCAACAGACAUCCAAUGUGUUUGGGAAAUUCAUGUGGAUAAAAAAUUCCGUAUAGAGCUCACGAUUCCAAGUUUGAAGCUGGAAGAUAUCCUCGGCUGUCCCUAUGACUCGGUGGAGAUCUUCGAUGGCCCCAGGAUCGCCUCGCUCUCCAUGGGGAAGUUCUGUGCCCCAGCAGCUGUGCUAUUUUUCUCCUCGUCAGAAAUCAUGACGGUGGUGUUCCGCAGCGAUUCCAUGAUAACCAACACCGGCUUUCAUGCUCUGUUCAAUGCGAUUGCACAGGGCGAAAGGGAGUCAGAAGAUGGACCAGUGCUGCAGCUGGUGGGCGGCUCCGGAAGGUGCUCAGGACGCGUGGAGGUCCUCCACCAGGGGUCCUGGGGCACCGUGUGUGACGACCUGUGGGACUUGAAGGAAGCUGAGGUCGUGUGCAGACAGCUGGAGUGCGGACAGGCCAUUGCUGCUCCUGGAAAGGCCCACUUUGGCCCAGGCUCUGGAGACAUCCUCCUGGACAACAUCCAGUGUUCAGGAAGCGAGAGCCACCUUGGCCAAUGCCCCAGCUCUGGCUGGUCAGACCAUAACUGUGGCCAUCAUGAGGAUGCUGGUGUUGUCUGCUCAGAGGGAAGUGACUCUUGCGGGGGAGUCCUUUCGAGCCUCUCGGGCUCCUUCUCCAGUCCUUGGUAUCCUAGGAACUACCCCACCGACGUGGAGUGCCUCUGGGUGAUACAUGUGGCUGAGAAGUUCCACAUACAGCUGACCAUCCCGAGCCUCAGACUAGAGGACAUCUAUGGGUGUCCCUAUGACUUUGUGGAGGUGUUUGAUGGACGGCAAGCUGCCUCGCUCUCCAUGGGCAGAUUUUGUGCUGGAGAAGAGCUCACAUUCCUCUCGUCUUCGAAUAUCAUGACCGUGGAGUUCAGAAGUGACGCCAUGAUCACCAGCACGGGGUUUUAUGCUCUGUACAGCACCAUUCCGCAGGAUGAAAGGGAGAGUGAGAUGUCCCUGCGACUGGUGAACGGCAGCCACAGGUGUGAGGGCCGGGUGGAGGUCUUCUACAACGGCACCUGGGGCACGGUGUGUGAUGACAGCUGGGACCUGAGCGAUGCCAGGGUGGUGUGCCAGCAGCUCGGCUGUGGCGAGGCCCUGUCAGCCCCAGCUCAGAGCUACUUUGACGGGGGCACUGGUCACAUCAUGCUGGAUGACGUGCGGUGCACAGGGACCGAGGCCAAGGUGUGGCAGUGCACACACAACGGGUGGCUCUCCCACAACUGUGGGCACCACGAGGACGCCAGCGCCAUCUGCUCCGGUGAGCACCCAAUGGAAAAUUUCUACGGCUGUCCUUACGACUUCAUCGAAGUCUUCGAUGGCCCACAAAGUGAAUCUUUUUCCCUGGGGAGGUUCUGCUCAGGGACAACCCCAGUAUUUACCUCCUCCUCCAAUCGCUUGACCGUGGUGUUCCACAGCGACGCAAUCGUCACCAACAUGGGCUUCUACGCAUCUUACGAGUCCCUAGUUUACAACGAGAAUGACACGGAUGUGGUGCUGAGGCUGACCGACGGCGGCCACCCAUGCGAGGGCCGGGUGGAGCUGCACUACAACGGCAGCUGGGGCACCGUGUGUGACGACAGCUGGGACCUGCUUGACGUCCAGGUGGUGUGCAAGCAGCUGGGCUGUGGCGAGGCCCUUGCAGCCCCUGGGCGGGCACAUUUCAAGCGAGGUGUGGGCCCCAUCGCCCUGGAUGAUGUGGAGUGCGUGGGGACAGAAGCCAGGCUGUGGCAGUGCCUGCACAGUGGCUGGUUCACCCACAACUGUGGCCACCAUGAGGACGCUGGUGCCAUCUGCUCAGCCUCUCGGCCUAGCCCAACACCAGCAGCUGCUGUGCGCUACACAACUUCAGGUCUGGGCCUACGGCUGGCAGAUGGGUCAAGCAGGUGCGAGGGCCGCGUCGAGGUCUUCCACGGCAACACCUGGGGCACUGUGUGUGAUGACAGCUGGUCCAUCGAGGAUGCCCAUGUGGUCUGCAGACAACUUGGCUGUGGCCUGGCUUUAUCUGCCCUCCCAGGGGCCAGCUUCAGCCCUGGGUCAGGCGGCAUCCUCCUUGAUGAUGUCCACUGCACAGGAAGUGAGGCCUCCCUGGAACAGUGCCCCCACGGCAGCUGGUUCACCCACAACUGUGGGCACCAUGAAGAUGCUGGCGUCAUCUGCUCAGAUCUGCCAGGGGUGAGGCUGGCCGACGGGAAGCACCCAUGCGAGGGCCGCGUGGAGAUCUACCACAACGGCACCUGGGGGACCGUGUGCGAUGACCUCUGGAGCCUGCCCGCUGCCCAGGUGGUGUGCCAGCAGUUGGGCUGUGGGGCAGCCCUGGCAGCUCCCAGGAGCAGUCUGUUUGGCGACGGUGCCGGCCCCAUCUUCCUAGACGACGUGAGGUGUACAGGCAACGAGACCAACCUGGGACAGUGCCACCACCUCGGACUGUCUGUGCAUAACUGUGGGCACCAUGAGGACGCCGGGGCUGUCUGCUCAGACCUGUCCAUCAUCAGGUUGGUGGGUGGGAGGAGCCGGUGUGAAGGCCGUGUUGAAGUCCACCACAAUGGCACCUGGGGCACCGUGUGUGAUGACCUGUGGAGCAUCGACGCCGCCCACGUGGUGUGCCGGCAGCUGGGCUGCGGGGAGGGCAUCAGCGCCCUGGGGAGCGGCUACUUCGGGAAGGGUGUGGGGAGCAUCCUCCUGGACSACGUGCAGUGCCGGGGCACGGAGACCUCACUAGGCCGAUGCCAGCACCUGGGCUUGUCCGUCCACAACUGUGGCCAUCACGAGGACGCCGGCGUCAUCUGCUCAGACCGUGCGCUGCGCCUGGCGGGCGGACGGGGCCGCUGCGAGGGCCGCCUGGAGGUGCGGCACGAGGGCGUGUGGGGCACGGUGUGCGACGACCACUGGAACAUCAGGAACGCCCGCGUCGUGUGCCGCCUUCUGGGCUGCGGCCGAGCGCUGGGCGCCCCGGGCCGCGGCCGAUUCGGCCCUGGCAUCGGGCCCAUUCUGAUGGACGAYGUGCGCUGCACGGGCCACGAGGACGCCCUGGAGCGCUGCGCCCACGCGGGCUGGGCGCGACACAACUGCAGGCACAGCGAGGACGCGGGCGUGCUCUGCGCAGGUCCAGCGGACUCUGCUGUGCCCAAGGACAAUGCCCAGCUCUUCUGCUUGCCCCACCUCUUCCAAGCUGUCAUAGACCGAGGCUAUCUCCGGAGACUGGGCUACUCCUCCUGGGACAUCCACUUAAAUGAUAAUCUGUGUCGCCCACGAGUCAGUGGGCGCUUCCUGAUCUUCAACAUUCCAUACGGCCACUGCGGCACUGUCCGGCAGGAACACCUCGGCUCCCUCAGCUACUCCAACUCCAUCAGAGGCCGGAUACGGGGCCACUCGGGCCGAGUGGUUGUGCGGCACAAGGUGCCCCAGGUGAAAUUCACCUGCAAGGUGAACAGUCCAUCCGCAGUUGAAAUCGUUCAUGGAGCUGAUGACCAGACCGAGGGUGCCGGCUACGAUGUGUCCAUUUCAUUUAUCCAGUCUCCCGGGUCCCAGCCUAUGGGGGGCAUGGUGCCAUACUCCGCCAGCCAGAGGAAAGAGGUCUUCCUCCAGGCCACCCUGCGUAGCUCCGAUCCCAGCCUGAGGGUCUUGGUGGAUACUUGUGUGGCUUCUCCAGAUCCCCAAGAUUUCACAACCAUCAAGUAUGAGUUGAUCCAGAAGGGGUGCAUCAAAGACAAAAGCUUUGCCAACCUCCCAUCCCACCAGAAGAACGUGGCCCAGUUCAAAUUCAAYGCCUUCAGCUUUCUUGACAGCUACGAUGUGAUCUAUCUGAAGUGUGAGAUUGCUGUGUGCAGAGACGGGGACUCUUCCUCUCGCUGCUCCCAGAGCUGUGCAGGGCGGAGUAGGAGGGGCACAGGCCUCGCUGAGGCCAAGGAAAAGCAGACUGAGCACUUCCCAGUGGUCGGGCCACUGGAGAUCCACAGAGCAGCUGCUCAGGGCAAGACCCUGGUGUGA